UCUGAGCAAAUAUUUGUUAUUUACGUACAUUCAAAUUUCUCAGCAUUAGGCAUUGCAAAAAACUUGUUUUUAUCUGGUUUAUAAAUCUGCCAAAAACACAAGUGCCCACAAACUGUGUGAUCUCCGGCAGGGAAAGCUUUCACAAUGAAGUGCUUUCUGGGUAUCCUUUUUGCCUUUGGCAUCUUGGUGACACUAUGCGAUGCAUUCUGUUUUUAUCAACGAAAUGACCCAUUGAAAUCUACCGAAGGUUGUAGUCAAGAUGAAAAGGUGCAUAAAUUUGGUGCCACUUGGACUGCAAAUUGCAACAGAUGUCACUGCAGCCGGAAUGGAAUACGCUGUUGCUCCACCUAUCAUUCGCCUGCGGGUUAUGACAGAGAAAAAUGUGAAAGCAUUUUCAACGAGGACACCUGCAGCUACAGCGUGGUGGAGAAGGCCGACCCCUCGAAAGCCUGCGAGGUCCAUGGUUGGGUGGGUUAAUUACGAAUCCACUUAGAAUUUCUCUGCAUAGUGCCUCUCCUUCCCCUUCUACCAAUGAUCAACAAUGGAAUGAGUCUGUUCUUCAGAGAUUCAUGAUGGUCUUUGAAGCAUCACUACUAACAGCUGUUUUUUCUUCUCCUUGUUGAGUAGCAGUUCAGUGUGUGAGAACGUGCUGUACUUGAUUCUAUAUUGUUUCUGUUAUUCCCUGCAUUAGCAUAACUGAGCUUUGAUCACCAGAGUAAAAUAAACUCACAAGAAGCAUCAGAA